AUGACACUGUCAAUAGCUGAAAUCAUCUCCGAGGUGUCUUCUAUUCUAGGCGCCUCUUUUCGUUUGCCAACAUAUCCACCACUCAGAGGUGGUUCCCACGGCGUCUAUGUAAUCGAACCUGAGGACGGCUACAACGGCAAGAAUCGAUGCUGUCUCCGUAUACCCUUGGACGCUGAUGCAGCUUCCGCUAGUACCAAGGGGACCGCUAUCCUGAAAAUUGUGAAAGAGAAACUACCUGUGCUUCCAAUUCCCGCAGUCAUCUUUCAAUCAGAACAUUACACCGUGAUGGAGUACCUCAAUGGAGAGGUCCUCAAAUCCUGGAACACACAGUCACUCACAAAAGAGCGACGUCGGGUGUUGCUAGAUGAUCUUGCAGCCUUACUAUUUUCCUUGUGGACAUUUGGCGGACAGGCACAAGUGACUCAAGGCACUGAACACAUGCCGACUUACAGAGAAUAUCUUCAAAAUGAAGUUGACAGAGGGCUUCGUCGUACGCUGAAUGGAACUUCCUCCUGGGGUCAUCCCAUGUACUACCUUUACCAGCGAGUUAAGAUUGACAGCCUUGUACCUCGUCCGGAAAAUGCGCCUAUAGUGGCCACUGGAAUCAAACAUGGCGACUUGAACGCAUGGAACGUGAUUGUGGAUAAAAAGGGACUCUCAGGUGUUGUGGAUUGGGACACUGCUCGGUUUGUCCCUGCUCCUGCGGCUAUUCAGCAUCCUCUCUUUAUUGCAGAUAUCCCCGGAUGGCGGAACGACAAUGUGCCCGGAGGAAUGACUUUUGAGGAAGACCGAGCAUAUCUAGAGCAUGCGAUAGGAAAACUGGAUACAAAUUCUGCUCCUGGCUCUGGUUCUAAUUCUCAAACCUCUGGGCGAAUUAAGCAUCUGCUACAAACAUCUUUUGAGCGACAGUUCUUUGAACUCUCACUUCAUAAUUGGCGCAUCAACGAUGAGUAUAUUAAACGACGAUUGCGAUUUGAGGAUAUGAAAACGAAUAGGAAUGCAGCACUCCAACAACUAGAUGAUUUCCUGUCUGCCGACGAGUCAAUGCGGACUCUUCCUAGAGUUAUAGAAGUGCAAAAUCGACUCAGGAAUGAUGUCAAUCUCUUUGAGCCUUUCGUCUAA